AUGACUGACCUCACAGAUGACUCGCAGUACCUCGUUGGCCGCAACUUUCGCGAAACAGCCCGACUCAAUGGGCAGCAUUUUGCGAUCAAUCUGCAUCUAGGAUACGGUCUGCAUCCGUCGGUUCCCAUCCACGAUGGAAUGAAGAUUGCCGAUAUCGGGACAGGGACGGGAGUAUGGAUCCUGGAACUGGCCGACAAGUACCCAACCGUCGUGUUUGAAGGAUACGAUGUCUCUUCGGCUGCCUUCCCCCCUCGCCACGUCUGGGGAGAGAAUGUCUCGUUUGCAGAACUGGACGCCCUACAACAAGUGCCGGACGAGAUGAAGGGACAAUACGACGUCGUGCACAUGCGGCUGCUGUGUUCUUUUGUGCGAGGCAAUGAUCCGUCGAAACUGGUCAACAUGGCCAAAUCAUUACUGAAAGAGGGAGGAUACCUUCAAUGGGAGGAGUCGAUUCGUGAUCCCAGCCUUCUUCAAGUCCAGUCGGCCAUUGACUUUGAACGCAUGUACGAGAAGGCAUGGCAGGCCCUGAACCUGCAGUUUGAUUGGCCCGAACACCUGCCGGAAAUACUGGCAACCCAUGGCUUUGACGUCCUCCAUGCCCGCUGCAGUGGCUUGAAUCGAGCGGCGGCAUGGCUCUGGACCCCGGUCUAUCUGCAGAGCUGCGCUGGGGUGCUCGCUGAAUUGCGCCAGGUAGGGUUUGACACGCCGGCGGAGGAGAUCGAAGAGGCGCUGCAUCGGAUCUACGUCGAUGCUCAGCAGGGGAAUGUUUUUGGAUGGCGGUUCAGCAGUGUUCUUGCUAGAAUGAGGUAG